AUGCUCCCCAAGGGUGCCAGUACUGGCAUAGGGAAGGUCUUUAUCAUCACUGCCCUGACCCAACAGCUCAUGGGUGAUCACCCCUUCCUCCUCAACUGCUGGUGGACCCACCAGCUCCUCCUCACACAUGAGCAUCUGCUCAUCCACACCAUGCAAAUGCUUGUCCAGCUGCCCCAUGGAUCUGCCCCAUGCCUCAAGUAUGGUGCAGUGCAAGGGGCCAAUCCAUGGCACAAUGUCAAUGCCACAAAGGUCUGGGCACUCACUGAGUGGGAGAAGAUGUGCCAAGAGCUGUGGGACAAGGGCCUCAACCCAUCAAUCAUCACUGACUCAGUGGUGCCCUUUGAGGCAAAGGCCAAGAACUGCCAGUGCACCAGCAAGCAGGUCAAUCCACACCACUGCAAGACAGCCAAGCAAUGGGAGGCUGCAAGGCAUGAGGCACUGGAGCAGGUGCAGGCACAAAGGAUGACAGACAGGGAGUGGCACAAGCAGGAGCUCGAGGAAGACUCCUCACCCAUAAACAUGGCAUUGCCCUUUGCUGAGUUUGUUGCCAAGUGA